CUAAUUUCGUUUUUUUUAUCUAUAAUCCAAAAGCACAAGCGCCGACGCCGAAUCACAAGGAGGAGAAGAAGCAACAAUGACAGGCAAGACGGUGAAGGAUGUCUCUCCACACGAGUUCGUCAAGGCUUACGCUGCCCAUCUCAAGCGCUCCGGCAAGAUUGAGUUGCCAGCGUGGACAGACAUAGUGAAGACUGGUAAACUUAAGGAGCUUGCUCCAUAUGACCCUGACUGGUACUACAUCAGAGCUGCAUCCAUGGCGAGGAAAGUGUACCUGAGAGGUGGACUUGGAGUCGGUGCUUUCCGCAGGAUCUACGGAGGAAGCAAGAGGAACGGAAGCCGUCCACCUCAUUUCUGCAAGAGCAGUGGUGGUGUUGCUCGUCACAUUCUUCAGCAGCUUCAGACCAUGAACAUUGUCGACCUUGACACCAAGGGGGGAAGGAAGAUAACAUCAAGUGGUCAGAGAGAUCUUGACCAAGUCGCUGGAAGGAUCGCAGCAGAAGCCAUCUAAAUCAAGAUCCUCAUCACAAUUGCUCCAGAGUUUUUGUGUGUUUUGAGUUUAGUUAUAUGUAUUGAAAUAUUUUGCAUUUGAAAACAUUACUGGAUGGAAUUCCUCUCAUUUUGGUUUUGAUAAGAUUUUUUUUUUCCCACU